AUGGCGAAGAUUCCAAGUGUACACCUCAGUCAUUCAGACGCACUGUUGAGUGCCGUUUUCUGCGGACUGAGUCUUCAUCUAUUAUUCAAUAAACUUGAAAUCACCCACAUUACUGCUCUGAAACGUAUAUUGAUACUAUCACCGCUGCUUCCAGUGCCCGCUAUACUCCCUCACUAUCCCAACUCUGCCUCGGUUGCAAUCCUAGUGUCCUAUGGCAUUGUUUAUGGAACACUCGCCGCAUCAAUUCUCAUUUACCGUCUAUCACCUAUCCACCCACUAGCCAAGUACCCUGGACCACUCCUUGCCAAAUGCAGUCAAUUUUGGAACAUAUACAACUCGUAUACAGGCCGGACGCAUCUCAACCACUUAAAUCUUCACAAACGUUAUGGACCCAUUGUUCGGACAGGUCCUAAUGAGGUCUCGGUAUGUGACGCAGACGUUGUCCAGGCCAUACUUGGACCAGAUGGGUUAGCUAAAGGACCAAUUUGGUCGGGAAGGCAUACUCCGAAACGGAAGCACUACUCCCUUAUCAGCAUCCGGAACAUGGCUGAACACCUUCGACGACGGAAAGUCUGGAAUAGGGCAUUCAGCAUACCUCGAAUUAAAAAUUACGAACCUAUUCUAAGAAAACGUCUGGACCAAUUAGUAGAUGCACUUCAGGCCGCUUCCAGAUCAAAUAAACACGUUGAUUUAGCAGAGUGGAUGUCAUUUUUUGCAUACGAUUUUAUGGGUGACAUGGCAUUUGGUGGAUUUUUCGAGUUGAUGCGAGAUGGUGAUGUCGAUGGCCUUUGGAAAAUGAUGGAGAAGGGCAUCAGGGUACAGGCCUACACACAACAUAUUCCAUGGGCUGCCCCGAUCUUGUAUGAGUUGCCGGGGAUGGGAAAAAAUGCGUCGAAGUUGAUGAACUUCGUGAUAGAGACAUCUAAAAAACGAAUAGAACGUGGCGUGGCAUUCACUGGGGAAGACCUCAGCUCCCAUCUGCUUGAUGAAGUCAGUGCGUCACCACAACCGGCUUCAUUCGGUGACUUUUCCUCCGAUGCUUUCCUGGCUAUUGUUGCUGGCUCAGACACCACGGCCACUGUAUUAAGCAACAUAUUUUUCUACAUUCUAUCUGAUAAAAUGAUAUUCGAAAGGCUUCGGGAAGAGGUUGACCACAAUUUCCCAAGAAAAGAAGGCACAGCCCCUAGUGACGAUUCAACAAAGCUCGCAAACAUGCCUUAUUUGAAUGCAGUCAUAAAUGAGGCCUUACGGUUGCAACCACCUGUUCCAACUGGUCUCCAACGGGGGCCCGAGCCUGGGGCCGAGGGCAAAAUGGUCGGCAACAUGUUCAUCCCACCAGGGACUGGAGUGUAUACCCCUCCGUAUGUGAUUCAUCGCGACGAACGAUACUUUAGCCCUGAUCCUGAUCGAUUCUGGCCUGAGAGAUGGUUGAAUACACAGCCUAAGGUGAUAACUAACCAAGCAGCCUUCCUCCCUUUUUCACUUGGACCAAUGAAUUGUGUUGGCAAGUCACUCGCGCAAUUAGAACUGCGAAUCAUCGUGGCUACUCUGGUACAACAAUUCGAAAUGGACUUCAAAGUUGGCUGGGAUCCUGCAAAUUGGUUAAACGAUCUUGAAGACUGCUUUGUUUUUAUAAAGGGUGUUCUUCCAGUUGUCCUUAGCCCUCGGGCAUAA